CGCUGGGCAACCGUCAUGAGCGGCGGCGGAAAAGAGGAGCCGCGGGCCCAAAGCAGUGGUGAUGAUGCUUCCUUUUCAGAAGAAAAAGAUUGUUCCAGUUCCAAUCAAGGUACUUCACAAGGUUCUGAGUCAGGAGACAGUUCUGAGACUGAUUCAGAUGGUGAUUCUGAAAGUGGAUCAGAUGGAGAACAGGGAGAUUCUGCUGCUGAAGAAUCUUCUCUUAGUAAAGUUGAAGAACUGGAAAAAAAAGAAUUGCAGCCCAAUUGCAGAGAAUCAGAGUUUGAAAAUAGCCCUCCUCACUGUACACACUGCAGGACUGAAAAUAAUCAGAAUGAAAAAGUGACUCCAAGACAGAUUUCUCGAGGGCAGUUUUUAUUGAAGCUGAACUCUGAGGGAACUUACCAGUGCACUGAGACGGGCCUGAUUUUUGAAGUUAAAAAGAAGGUUGACAUCAAAUACUGUCUUUUGUCCUGGAGCAAAUUUUCUGAAUAUGUUAAAAAACCCUGGAUUGUUGGUGGCCCCAUAUUUGAUGUAAAAUGUGAUCCAUUCACUCUUAACUCCAUUCAGUUUCCACACUCCCUCUGCCUGGGUUAUCAUGAAUCCAAUAUGACAUUUAAAGUCUUGCACAUUAAAGGUUCUGGGGCAGCAAUAGAGCCUACAGUGGAUCACUCAACAACACACGUCAAAUGGAAUGUGAGCUCUCUUUCUCCAGUGGGACCAGUUAUUCAGUCUGCAGACACUGUGUUCCAUCAUGGGGCUGUCAUUUUAUACAAAGUUAUUGAUAACCAUCCAUCUUUAUCGUUUCGGGUGUAUGUCGCUACUAAUAACGACUCAUUCAUCAAGGAUAUUGCAAAGACUAUAAAGCAAUCCACUAAGAAAUUUAUGAAAAUUGACAAGCCCCCUGUUUGUCUAAAAUUACUAGAGAAUGAAAAGAAAUACAGAUUGAUCAGUGAACCAGAAGCUGAAAUAACCCCAGAGGAAAUUCAAUUUGUUGAUGGGUCGCUUUUAAAGUUAAAAAGUUAUAUUGAGGUCUUUUUGGAACAGCCAGUGGAUUUUAAACUAUCUUUGGUUGAACUGGAUUCUGGGGAAAUUGUAUGGAAAGCAAAACUCAGAGAAUGCGAUUGGGCACAACUUGACCAGAAUCAGAAUAUUCAGAGAAACAGCACUAACAGUAAUAGAAGGCGGAAGAUGGACUCCACUCUCCACGAAGAGAUUUCUCUCAGUAAAAAAGUCAAGUGGACUGACGUUUCAGAUGGAGUGAAGAGGGAAGCCAUAUUGAACGACGCCCAGCUAAUGAACCUUGCUAAGACUAUUGGAAAGGAGUGGGUAGAAAUCGCCAUUGCCAACCUGGCCUUAGAGAUGUGUGAUAUUGAUAAAAUUCAGGAAAAGAAGGAAGAAGUUACAGUUUGCAAAUUCAGGAUGUUGAAGAAGUGGCAAGAAAAGGAGCAAAAGAAUGCAACGGCCCAGAACCUAUUUAACUGCCUCAAGGAUGUUGCCACAGUUGAAGUGCACAAUGUACUGAAAGGUUUCUUACAGCAGAUAUGAUCUUAUGGAAAAACAACUAAAAAUGAACCCUCAGGAAUUUUCAUCUCCAAAAUAACUCAAACUCCACGUAUUUGAAGGACUCCCAGACCAAGCGGUGUUCACCAUACCUCGAACUGAGCAGGCGGUUGUCAUAGAUGGGGCUCACUGAGAUUUAUUAGCCAUUCAGUAGGAACCCACUUUUCAGGGACGCCUCAUAGAUGGCACCCUUUCCCCCCCACUCCCAACCCCCCAAAUCACAGAAGCUUCCCCUCUCCCACCCACAUCAGCAUUAGCACUCUGCCUGCCCAUUAUCGGGUGUGAAGACACCCUGGGCCUCCUUCAGAGUCUUGGUCCUGCAGAGAGAGACUCUUUCCCUCCUGCAGCAUCUGUCUGAUCUAAAUCCAGCCUGCUCUUUAUGGCUUCCUGGACUUGUCCCAGUCACUGGACUGGCCACCUCUGAACUUUCCCUGGUGGAAACAAGGCUUUCCUAGGUGCUUUCUGCAGGAUUUCAGAGUCUUUAGCUGGCCACUGAAAUUCAAGAUUCAUUUCUAAAACUUAUUUUUAGACAAAUGGCAAUCUGCCAUGCUUACACAUACAUACAUUUUCAGUCAGGUCAGCCUGCAUUGCAUCAUAGGAGAAACAGCGUGGCCUAGUGGAAAGAGCUCAGGCUUGGGAG